UCACUGACUCAGGUAUCGCGCAGUCGCACAGCCGCUGUACAUAAAUCGUCUCGUCGUAACAUUCAAAUAUCGAAAUAUAUCGAACGAAUAUUCGAAUUUUGAAUUAAAAUAUAACAUGUUUCAAUAGUUUUGGUGUUGUUUGUGCGAGACGCGUUGUAAUUGUUGUGUUGAGUGAUUUGUGUUGGUCCGUUUGUGUUGUUCGCGCGGAGUCCCGUUGGUUCGUUCAGCAGAAUUUCUCCAGAAUAAAUGACAUAGUUCCAACUGUUUACGAGACGCUUUAGCAGUUCGGAAAUACACUACAAAUUAUUGGAAGGAUGAAUAUAAAAAGCAAAACGGAGUGAUGAUGUGCAGAUAUAAGAAAACAAGUCGUCAAAUAGGAUGACACCGGUUGUCGAGAGUGAGGUGUGAAAGCAGAACAUGUCACAAUCGGCUCUCGGCCUGGGUGGGGAGCGGCGGUACUCGGUUCCCUCUAACCCGCUGAUGCAAGACCCUAGAGGGAUGCACUCCGAGGAUCUGCACGCUUGGUCCAUAUACAGGCAAAACCUGAACUCCGACUUCACGGACAGUGCUCUUGGCAGCACGGAUAAGAGCCCACUGCCCUACGGGAACUUCCAGCUGCGAGACACCACCGUGCAGUCGAUCCUCUCACACCCUCGAUAUGGACCCAAAUCAGCUCUCGGCUCAAACAUGUACACAUACCUCAAGUUUGGUCUACCUCGAGUAUUCCCACCGAACCACAAUGGCUCCCAGAGAUCGGGAACGCCCAAACCGAAGACCUCCAUUGGGAGCGGGAUGAAACCAGCACCCAGGAUACACAGGCAAAGUCGAGGGGUUCGUGAAACUUCGUCAGGGUAUGACAGUUCAGAUAACGAAACGACGACUAAUUACAACAAGUACAGUAGAAAGUAUCGCUCUGAUCCUGACUUCAGAAUGCAGAACUUACAUCCAUCGUAUCAACCUGGCACAGGUGUGCCAUUGGUAGCGAUGCAGCAAGCCGGCAUCAGAGGCGAACCACAGUGGGUAAACUCUAGGCACAAGUCCGUCAGCGAGGCCAACCUUCUCGGAAUAGAUGCAAGACCCCACCGUUCCCAGUACUCCAAUAGGCGGAACAGCGUCGCUGACUUUGUACCUGAUGGUGAUCAUCAUAGCUACCUAAUGCCGUCAUCUCAUCUGGGCGGGCGCAUGUCGAAGGCGGGCAGCCAUAUGUCCGUCGCGCAGUCGAGGAAACACUCCACCCUCAGGCCUGGAGACCACCUCGAUGGAUACACGCACUCCGCUUACAUUUAUCCUAAUUAUUAUGUAAACAGUUUAGAAAUAACAUCACCGGAGAACAAGUCGACGCUGCUGGUGUCAGGGCUUAGUUUUGAAGUGAAGUCUGGAGAGAUACUGGCGGUGUUGGCCACGUCACAACAGGAAGCCACCGGUCUUCUUGACGUCUUAGCUGGUGUUCGAAAAAAACUGUCAGGAGACAUAGUGAUAAACGGGCAGCCGGUGGCAUCGUCUACACUCAGAAAGGUGGCGGCGUACGUCAGGAACGACACGUCGCUGUGUCCCUCGAUGACGGUGGAGCACACGCUGCGGUUCCACGCGGCGCUGCGCCGGCCGCGACACAACCACGGCCAGGUCAAGAUGGACGAUAGAGAUCGGAUAAACCUGUUAAUAGAAGAGUUAGGCCUCGAGCAAGUGAGGGACACGAACGUAGGCCGUCUCACUCGCUCAGAGAUACGUCGGUUGAACGUCGCGUGUCAGCUUCUCCUGGACAUGGCGGUGUUGAUCCUGGACCAGCCUACCAAGGAGAUGGACAUCUUCGACACGUUCUUCUUGGUGGAAUACCUCAGGAACUGGGCGAGUUCAGGUCGCGUGGUUAUUAUGUCCUUGCACCCGCCCACGUAUGAGAUCUUCGCGAUGCUAACUAAGGUUGUGUUGAUAUCUGCGGGGAGGACGAUGUUCAGCGGGUACAGAAGAGACAUGUUGCCAUAUUUCUCAUCCAUAGAUUAUCCUUGUCCAGCUUUUAAAAAUCCAUCAGAUUAUUAUUUGGACCUGGUGACGCUGGACGACCUGUCGGCGGCGGCGCUGCUGGAGUCGUCGGGGCGCGUGGAGGCGCUGGCGGGCGUGUUCGGCGCGGCGCGCGGCGCGCUCGAGCCGCCGCCGCCCGUGCCGCUGCCCGCGCCCGCGCGCCGCGCCCGCGCACACCUGCAGGCCUUCGCGCUGCUCGAGAAGAGUCUGGUGUACACGCAGAUGACGACGCUGUCGAACGUGAUCACCCGAGUGCUGAUAGCCGCCGUUAUGUCCAUCAUCACCGGCACCAUAUUCUGGGACCUGCCGACCACCGAUGCUAAGCUGUCGCAGAACGACCGCGUGGGGUUCCACUACGCGUCGCUGUGCGCGUGCGCGUGGCCGGUGCUGCUGUGGGGCGCGCGCGACGCCGCCGCCGCGCGCGCGCACGUGGAGCGCGACGUGCGCGCCGGCCUCUACUCGCGCACCGUCUUCAUACUCUUCGAUCAAUUCCUCGAGUUAUGGUCAUCGGUGCUGACGUGGCUGGCGUAUCUGGUGCCGAGUUACGCCAUGACCGGCCUGUACGCGCAGUCGCCUGGCUCCUUCGACGGAUUCUAUAUUUAUUUAGGUUACAUGGUGCUCUAUCUAAUCAGCAUACAGAUGCUGUGUCGGGCGUUAAUAUUCCUAAUACCAAUGGAGAAGACGGCCGCUAUUUUGGCGGGUCUCUGCCUACUCCUCAGCACACUAGUGAACGGCGUGAUGUUACACCGAUUAGACAUACCGCAGUACUUGCGCUGGCUGGAGUAUGUGUCGCCAUCGACGUGGACACUGCCAGAAGUGCUUCGAAAGGAGCUGAGCGAAGUCGCGCUCAAAACUAGUAUUAGUAAGGAGAUCAGAUGUACCAAUAAACAGAGACCCUACCAGGACAUAAUAGUCCAGUCCCCGUGCCCGCCGCCGAACGGAACUCAAGUCCUCUCGAACUACGAGUACCUCCGCGCCUCCCACAUCUGGGAACACAACGAGGAGAGCUUCCUCAUAUGCCUCGCGGUGUUCUACGCGGUCUUCGCUUUGAUAGCUGUUGUCGCGUUCGUCGCUGACUGCAGUAAGUACGCUAAGAGCAAAGCCAGGACGAGCAUGAAGGGGCACAAGGUUACUGCCAAUACGCCUUGAGUUAAAGGGAAAGAAAAUGUAUUAUUGUCAACACACCUUGUGAAUAAUUGAAAGGUGUAUAGAAUGAGUACAUAAUGGGAUGGGUUAAUGCAAACUCGUUUUUGAGGACCACGGUUCAAGGUAGUGUGCUAAAAUGGACAAAUUUCAUCAUUGAUGGCAAUGACUAUUCGGUGGUUUUGGUGGAUUUUAGUAACAGAGGGAAGAAAGAUAUAAUAAAAAGAAGAAAUAGGGUACUUGACUGCAUAAAAUUAAAAAAAUUACGUACUGUAUUAUAAUUUUUAGUAGUCAAAUCUCCUAUUUUCGAUCAUAGAAGAAAAUUAAAUAAAAAUAAUUUAAUUAAUGUAAGCGUGUAAUGAAGUAACUUUGAAAAUUGUUUUAAAACGAAAAGAAUGCAAUGUACAAAAAUUACAUAAUAAAAUAUAGACUGAAAGUCUUCCAGUAUUUAUAUAUUUUCGAUUAAAAAAUUUAAUUCUCUCAAUAAUUAAUGUUGAUUUAAAUAAAUUCAAAUCCUGUGAACGUUAAAAUAUUGGGCAAAACAUGUGUUCAUAGCGAUCGGAAUUAAAAUCGAAUAAAUUGUGUCGAUAUUUGAAAAUUCAAAUAAUUCGAAUAUUCGCUAGAAUUCGCACAGCCAUUAAAUAGUAGAGUUUAAUAGGAAUAAUUUUAAAUCCAAUCAAGUGAACUGAACACUGUCUGAACAGACGUAUUUUAUAUCACAACAAUAUAAUAUCAG